GCGCAGAUCCCGGCACGAGGCGGAAGUGGUUAUUCGUGGAGAGGAAACGAGCUAACUGAGCUAAAAAGAAGUAGCGCCUCAGUCCAGGUUUAUUGAACACACUCAGGGUUUAAUUACUGAACGGUUUAAUUACAGCGCGGCUGAAGAGUGUGAGUUUGGUUUGUGGUGAAGAUGCCGAAGAAUAAAGGUAAGGGAGGGAAGAAUCGGCGGCGUGGUAAGAAUGAAAACGAGUCAGAGAAGAGAGAGCUGGUGUUUAAGGAGGAUGGACAGGAAUAUGCUCAGGUGAUUAAGAUGUUGGGAAACGGCCGUUUGGAGGCGAUGUGUUUUGAUGGAGUGAAGAGACUGUGUCACAUCAGAGGAAAACUCCGGAAAAAGGUUUGGAUAAACACGUCUGAUAUCAUCCUGAUCGGACUGAGAGAUUAUCAGGAUAAUAAAGCAGAUGUGAUUCUGAAGUAUAAUGCAGACGAGGCGAGGAGUCUGAAGGCGUACGGUGAACUCCCAGAGCAUGCUAAAAUCAACGAGACAGACACGUUCGGACCGGGUGAUGAUGACGAGAUUCAGUUUGAUGACAUCGGAGAUGACGAUGAGGACAUUGAUGAUAUCUGAGACGGUGUGUGUCGAGGACGGCUCUGUUUAUGCUGAGAGGACCGUCAUGCUCUCUUCUGAUUGGACAGAAUUUAUUAAACUUAUCCCCUGACUGACAAGCUGGUGAUUAAUCUCUCUCUCUCUCUCUCUCUCUCUCUCUCUCUCUCUCUCUCUCUCUCUCUCUCUCUCUCACACACAUAACUCGGUAUAAAUGACUCCUUCAUUUCAAAUUGCAUAUUUUUGUUAGUGUUUUAAAGUAUUUAUAUUUUAUUUCACCGUAUGUGUUGGAAUUUAAGGCUCGAAAUAUGAAAUACACCACAAUUUACAAUAAAAGAUUAAACCCUGUGUGUGUGUGUGGGCGCGUGUGUGUGUAGACGUGGACGGGCGUGCCUGUGUGUGUGUGCGUGUGCUGCAGUGGUGUUUUAUUACUGUACAAACUGCAUCAUUUAGGUGUGUUAUGUACCCUUCUUCACUUCCCCUUGGUUUAGUCUUCUUGCCUCUCUCGGGGGCGUGUCUCAUAUCACAGACACAGUUCUAUUGGUUGAAAUCAGUCACAUGGUCGGUCGUUUUCACUGAUUAUUAACCAGGUUAGCACUACAACCAGAUGUUUUUUAUAAACUAGUCAGUUAGCUAAUGGGUGGAAAGUAUUAAAUGAAGUGGUGUUACACUGAAAGGCAUCACUGCACUGCUGAGAUCUUUCUAAAUAAAAUCCAUCACCACCAACA